AGCUUGUUUUGGAGGAAGUGAACACGGCUCGGCUAGCAGCUAGCACGUUAGCUUGACGGGAAAAGCGAGCGUCAACGGGAACAGAGCGAAACAGACCAUUGUACUAAAUCGCUUAUAUUCCACGAAGGGAGGAUUAUAUCUGCAGUGGCAGUGUUUAUUUUGAUUAGCAGAGUUAGCUGCCGGCUAGCUAUUGGAGAUUAUUUAGCUGUCGACGUGUUGUUUUCUUACGGCAGACAUUUGUAGGAGCAGUUAGCCUCUAAGCUAGCCUACGCGUUAGCUAACGCUUCCAACCGAGGCAGAGGAAAAGUCCACUUUUCAUAUUUUAUUUCACCACAGGAUCAUCGCCCAGCUGUGGCACAAUGACAUCAAGGAAGAAAGUACUACUCAAAGUCAUCAUUCUGGGAGACUCUGGAGUUGGCAAGACCUCAUUGAUGAACCAGUAUGUGAAUAAGAAGUUCAGUAACCAGUACAAAGCCACAAUAGGUGCUGAUUUCCUGACGAAAGAAGUGAUGGUGGAUGACAGACUUGUCACAAUGCAGAUUUGGGACACAGCAGGUCAGGAGAGGUUUCAGUCCUUAGGCGUCGCGUUCUACCGUGGAGCAGACUGCUGUGUCCUGGUGUUUGAUGUGACUGCACCCAACACUUUCAAGACUCUAGACAGCUGGAGAGACGAGUUCUUGAUCCAGGCCAGCCCCCGAGACCCAGAGAACUUCCCCUUUGUGGUACUGGGCAAUAAGAUUGACUUGGAGAACAGACAGGUAACAACCAAGCGAGCACAGGCUUGGUGUCAGAGCAAGAACAACAUCCCUUAUUUCGAAACCAGCGCCAAGGAGGCUAUCAAUGUGGAGCAGGCCUUCCAGACUAUUGCACGCAAUGCCCUUAAACAGGAGACCGAGGUGGAGUUGUACAAUGAGUUCCCUGAGCCGAUAAAGCUGGACAGGAACGAGCGAGCCAAGCCGUCAGCUGAGACAUGCAGCUGCUGAGGACUAUGAAGAUCUUCUGGGGUCGUCACUGCCCUCACUACCCUGUCUUGCCUUGUCUAUAUAUCCCCUUUUCCCAUGGCCCACUGUGUUAAUCUCCAACGCCCAACAUACAAGGAGCAUCCCACUCAUAGAGUAUACAACUACACACACAAACAUGCUGCACUCACCUCCUUAUGUACACAAAACACAUUUUCUAUAAAAGAAGAGUCUCUUAGCCCAAAGAACACCUUAAGGAAACGUGAAAUUUACUUGUAUGUUGCUCUUUACUUUCCAGUGUUCCACUACAUAAUUUUUCAUGGUGAUGGUGGUUUGGGCUCAUCUCAUUUGCAGUUCCAUGUGUAUCGCUGCUUCCACACCCAGUUUUGGUCCAUACUGCUUUUACUUGGAAACUUUAAGUGGUAAAUUGAAGCAUUAUCUCUACAUGUACGUGUUGAUGAGUAAAGUUUAAAAAAAUG